GAGAAAUAUUUCAUUGCACGUCAAAGAGGGAUUCAGAUGUCUUAUUUUUGUUAAACAUUGCUAUUUAAAAAUAAUAACAAUUUUAUUAUGCAACCAACAGCACCUCGAUUUAAAUAUUUUAGUGUUUUUGUGUUUACAGUUGGCAACACAUCGCGAGUGACAGCUGACAUGAGUAUCAUCAAACAUUCAAAAUACGGCUAUUUUAUUUCACACAAAGCGCUAAUCGACGAAAUAUAUAGCACAGUGGACACCCCUGAGACAAGUUUUCAACUAAAACCACAACUUUUUAACAUUGCAGCCCCAUAUAAACCCCCGAAAAGUAAACACAAGAAGACGAAAAAUCCAGACGACCCGUUCGAGUCCGAGGUCCGUCAUGUCGAAACUAUCUUCCAGAACUUGUCCGCCGAACUUGAAGAUCAUUUCACUAAAACUGAUUUUGAGGUUAGGAACACUGAAGCGCUGGACACAGCGACUGCACUUUACGACGAAUCGGGGAACAACUUGACCACGGACCUACACGGCGCGAACCCCGACGCCCCCACUAGUAAAAUAAUCGAAAAUCGCGCUUUUCUGUUCCCCCACAACUGCAAAUUUUACAGCAGAGACGUCAAAGACAUGUCUUUGUAUCUCAAGGAGAAGUUUGAUUUGAUCCUUUUGGAUCCGCCCUGGUGGAAUAAAUACAUCCGUCGGAAACGCAAACACACGGAUCAUGGUUACAACAUGAUGUACAACGAAGAUUUAAAAAAUUUGCCACUUGAAAAUCACUUAAACCAUGAUGGUUUGAUUGUAGUGUGGUGUACUAAUUCAGCCCAACAUUUGAGCGCCUUGCGUGACGAAAUUUUCCCCAAAUGGGGUGUGUCUUAUUUAGGGAAAUGGUACUGGGUGAAAGUCACCCAAAUGGGUGUCCCUAUUUGUGAGUUUGCUGAGCCACCCAGAAAACAACCCUUUGAACAAAUUGUUUUUGGGGGUAGGGGGUCUGAAGGGUUGUUGCCGUGUGACAAGGUCGUGAUUAGUGUGCCAAGCGCCCUUCAUUCACACAAACCACCCUUAAUAAGGUUGUUGGAGCCCUUCCUCCCCGACAACCCCACGUGUUUGGAGGUCUUCGCCCGCUACUUACUCCCCAACUGGACGAGCUACGGCAACGAGGUACUAAGGUUCCAACACGAAAGUCUCUAUACAAAAGUAAGUAAAUUUAUUUAGUGAUGCCCGUUGGUCAUUUUGGUCGUUUUGUUGCGAUAUCCGUGCGGAUUCAUCGUCUGCCAUCUCCAGAAAUCAGUGCCUGUAAUAAUAGAUCAUUGACAUGAUUGUUUAAAAAAUUAAUAAAGUACGUACACAUUUCCUCCA